AUGGCGAGCGUAAAAGAAGCUGUCAAAGAGUCGCUGGUCGGCACCACCAUUGAGGACCCCGGCCUGUCCAAGCAGAUCAGGGCCAACUUCCUCCGACAUGCCCGCAAGGACGAGGAGACCGGCGAGCUGUACAUGACGGAAUCCGAUUUUGUUGAGGCUAUCGCGCCGAAGCACGAAGACUACCACAAGAUCAAACGGGAACACUACGGAAUCCUCUUCAGAGUCGCCGAUACCCGCAAAUCCGGCCGAAUCAACAUCCACGAAUGGGCUACCUUUGAGAACCUGCUUGCGAAGCCCGACGCCGAGUAUGAGAUUGCCUUCCGACUCUUCGACACCGACGGGACGGGAACGGUCAAGUGGGAGACUUUCCAGAAACUGUACAACGAGAACAAGACAAAAGAGAGCAUUCCGUUUGACUGGAACUCUGAAUGGGCCGCUCUGUACAUUGGAAAGACCAAGGCCCGCCAUGACAUGACAUACCCCCAGUUUGCGCAGAUGCUUCGAGGAUUGCAAGGGGAGCGCAUCCGACAGGCUUUCCACGUGUUCGACAAGGACGGCGACGGCUACAUUCAACCGGAAGAUUUCCAGCGUAUCAUCUUGGAGACGUCGCGACACAAGCUGUCAGACUACGUAUUGGAGAACCUUCCGAGUCUGUGCAACAUCUCGACGGGCACCAAGAUCUCCUACGCUACCGUUCGUGCGUUCCAGAACGUGAUGCGCGAGAUGGACAUGAUUGAUUUGAUCAUUCGCGAGGCCACAAACAAGAGCGACGAUGGCAAGAUCACUCGUUCAGACUUCCUCAAUGCCGCUGCUCGCCUUACCCGUUUUUCCCUGUUCACGCCAAUGGAGGCUGAUAUCCUCUUCCACUUUGCCGGACUCGAUGCGCCAUCCGGCCGUCUCUCACAAAAGGACUUUGCAAAGGUCAUUGAUGCAUCAUGGCGCCUGCCUGUUGCUGCUGCCGAGCAUGCCGUUUCGACUGCGGCCGGCGCCGCGCACAAGGCUGCGGAAUCGACGAAAUCAGUACUCCACAGCGUACUCGAAUCUGCGCACCACUUUGCGCUCGGCAGUCUUGCGGGUGCGUUUGGCGCGUUCAUGGUGUACCCCAUUGAUCUGGUCAAGACCCGAAUGCAGAACCAGCGAUCCAGCCGGGUCGGAGAGCGCUUGUACAACAACUCACUGGAUUGUGCCAGAAAGGUCAUCCGCAACGAGGGCUUCACUGGUUUGUACUCUGGUGUUAUUCCUCAGCUGAUUGGUGUCGCUCCGGAGAAGGCGAUCAAGCUCACUGUCAACGAUCUUGCGCGUGGAUUUUUCACCGACAAGGAGACUGGCAAGAUUAAGUAUAUGCACGAGGUUAUCUCCGGUGGUACCGCGGGUGCCUGUCAAGUUAUCUUUACGAACCCUCUGGAGAUUGUCAAGAUUCGCCUGCAGGUUCAGGGCGAAAUCGCCAAAAAUGUCGAGGGCGCUCCCCGCCGUUCUGCGCUCUGGAUCGUGAAGAACUUGGGUCUGGUCGGCUUGUACAAGGGCGCCAGCGCUUGUCUGCUUCGUGAUGGUAAGUCUAACCGAUCGUAUGUUGUGACCCAUCUAACCUGUGCAGUUCCCUUCUCUGCCAUCUACUUCCCUACCUAUUCCCACCUCAAGUCCGACUUCUUCGGCGAAUCCCGCACACACAAGCUUGGCGUCGUACAGCUCCUCACCGCAGGUGCGAUUGCCGGUAUGCCCGCUGCCUACCUCACAACACCCUGCGAUGUGAUCAAGACCCGUCUGCAAGUCGAAGCCCGCAAGGGAGAAGCUCAAUACAAGGGCCUGCGCCACUGCGCCCAAACCAUCCUGCGCGAGGAGGGCUUCAAGGCCUUCUUCAAAGGCGGUCCCGCUCGUAUCCUCCGUUCCUCACCACAGUUCGGUUUCACUCUCGCCGCAUACGAAGUCCUGCAGAAAUGGCUGCCCAUGCCCGGGGCGCUCGAGGUUAGCCCAACCGGCCAGGUCGAGCCCGGCGUCGGCGUGCCCAUCGCCAAGGAACCCCUGCCAUACCUGCGCUCACGGAACGCGCUGAAACUCAUUCUCGAUCUAGACGAGAACAUCGGCCGCGUCCCCAUCCCGGAUGCCGAGCGGUGGCCGAAGUUCAUCCGACCCACCAAGCAAUAG